AUGUCCACGUCUUCUUCCACCAUCACUACCAUAGGCAGGACAAGCACCACUGGCUCACAUACGAGCUCACGAACCAGCACCAGGAGCGUCACAACGGCGAGCUCGUCUUCCAGUCCCAUAGCCACUCCGUAUCCCGCCAAACGAGGACUGACCUACCGCAAUGUCACCACGCUUCAAUUCUACCCUCCCCCAUCACCCUACAUUUCGUGGUCGUACAACUACUACUCGCUGCCCAACGCCAGCGACGACGUCGGUAUUUACCCUUCGUCCCAAUACCGCUUCAUCCCUCUCUUGUACAACGACGCCGACUCUCUCACGUCCAUCUGGGCCGCCAACGUCAACUUUUCCAUUGCCAACUACGGCACCGACGCCAUCUUCGGGUUUAACGAGCCCGACGCCAACUUCAACGGCCAGUCGGCCAACAUGCCCGUGGCGCAGUCCAUCCAGGGCUACCACAACUUCAUGCAACCGUUCGCGGGGAGGGUCAAGAUCGGCGCCCCCGCCGUGACCAACGCCGGCGGCGGGCUCACGUACCUGGCGCAGUUCCUGGGCAACGCGACGCAGCAGAACCUGACGAUGGACUUCCUCAACAUCCACUGGUACGCGUCGCCCUACAACAUCGACUACUUUGAGAGCUACCUCGCGCAAGCCUACAAUCUGUCCGUUAGUUACUCCCCCGCCGGCGCCGCCCCCCUCCCCAUCUGGGUCACCGAGUUCGGCAUGGACCAGGACUUUUACGACCAGCCCACCACGGCGCAGUUCCUCAAGAACGCCACGCGCUUCAUGGACGCCCAGACCUGGGUGGAACGGUAUGCCUGGUUCGGCAACUUUCCAGGCGGGUACACUGCCUUCGGCACCCCGACGACGAACAUGCUCCUCAACGUCGACGGGAGUGCCCGCAGUGUCUUGGGCGAUGUGUGGUAUUCGUAUAAUGGGACCAAUUAG